AUGUCCUUCUCAGACCUGCCUGCCUGCCUCCAGCGCCGUAUAGACAAAGCGUUCCGAAAGCACGCUACAGGAAGCGGUGACACCACAAGCAAUGGCGAACCUGCACGGAAGAAGCGCAGGGUAGAACAAGACACUGACGGAGGCUUCAUCGCAGACCCCGCUUACGAAAGUGGCGGGGGCUUCAUCCCUGAGGAGGGCGGCGGUUUCCUGGUGGACGAUGCUGGUGAGGGCGGAGGCUUUAUCCCAGAAGAGGGAGGAGGGUUCAUUGUCGAGGACGACAGCAAAGGGGCACAGGAUGACGCAGCACAAAUAUCUCUCGCCGCCGUCCCAUCUGCCUUGCAGGACCUCGACCUGCCACCCAACGAUGAGGAGGUGCUUUCUGUCUUCCGGAAUGCCGCCUCUGGCUGGUCGGCGCCCUCUAGCGCCGAAGCAGCGUCGCGCGACGACGCCGUCGUCUCCCUCGACGACUGGCGCACCGUAUGCGCCGUUCUGCUCGAGCACCGCGCCGAGGAGUACGAGGAGUCUGAUGACGUCGUAGCGGACGCACCCGAAGACGUCGACGUGCGCAUGAGCGACGACGAGAGCGACGAAUACCAAGCGAAGGAGGACUCCGACUCGGGCUCGGACGACGAAUACGUCGAGGAAGCCCCUUCGAAAGGAAAGCAAAAGUCUCAGCGCACGAGGAAGCGCGGCAGGCGCUCGUCGUCUCUCUCAUCUCUCUCCGACGCCGACCAACGCCCGAAGACGGUUACUGCGAGGCAGAAGCAGACGUGCUUGAAGGCAUACUCGCUAUUCUUUCCCGACGUCGCGGAAGACGAGCUACCGAAUCAGCGCGUCAUGCUCAAGGAUAUCCAGCGGGUCGCAAAGUUGCCGGGGGAGAAAAUCAAGGCAGAGGAGAUGGUUGAGAUGCUCGAGAUGUUCUCAACGGCUCCCGACAAGUCGAUGGGUUUAUCUGACUUCGAGCGCAUGAUGAUUACUGCAAAACUUGCAUAG